AUGCCCAAGAACAUCCCGGCUCCCGAUGAGCCUGUCGUCACCUUCAGUUCGGGCUCCAAGGCACCGGUUGCCCUGCGUCUUCUCCACCUCAACGAUGUAUACCACUUGGAACCUUCUAGUGCUGAGCCGGUAGGCGGUGUUGCCCGCUUCGUCACUGCCGUCAACGAGUACCGCAGCCAUGAACGCUUCCAGGGCCAGCCCGAGUUAGUGACUCUGUUUUCGGGCGAUGUCUUCAACCCCAGUCUCGAAAGUUCCGUCACAAAAGGUAACACCUCACGCGCCACCCAGAAUUCGUCUGUAUCUGUCAUGGCGCUGAUGCGCAUCAGGUGA